AGUUAGUCCCGCGCAGUGUUGGGAGGACGGUGUUGUGUGCGCGCGCGCGUGCGGCAGACUUUUUUUAUAGUUGAAAAUUGUUUUUUACCGACACCCCGCCAGCUAUAGGAGGCGAGAGCGCGUGCAGUGUGGUCGAUCAGCGGAUCGGGAGCGACUUGUUCGAUGAGGUCUCGGCACUGGAGCCGCAGACCGGACAAGCGGUGAGGAGUGAGCAAAGAUCGGCCGGGUGCCACCAUGGGCACGGCAAAGAUGAAACAUCUUUGGCCGUUGGUGGCGUGGAUACUGUUAUCUUCGUAUCCACAGGCCGAAUCUCACAACGGACUCGGCCGAGGAGGACCGAGAAGAGAAGUGUUCUUUCUGAACCUGGAGGAUGGCUACUUCGGCUGUCAGGUGAACGCCUCCACGGACGUUCUGCAACUGCUCCAGCUCUCGAAGCUAUGCGACAACCACGUCGACUGCUUCCAAGGCAGCGACGAGCAUCGAGACAGGCUCAAAUGCACAAGUACGUAUAACGCUAAGAUAAAAAACACAGUGAGACAGAGGAUCGAAUGAAAAUAUGGAAGCCUGUACUGGAUCAACUUUUUUCAAUGUAUUAUAAAAAUUCAAACCUCGAGACCGUAUAAUGUACUUCUUUUUGCCAUUUAAUAAAAAAUUGAGAAAAAUUAAAA